AUGCUGCGAGUGCGGUGCUUGCGCGGGGGAAGCCGAGGAGCCGAAGCGGCACAUUACAUCGGCUCACGGCUUGGAAGAGCCUUUACGGGUUGGGUGCAGCGAUCUUUCCAGAGCACCCAGGCAGCUACAGCCUCCCAGAACACCUGUGCUGCCGAUGACAACAAGGCUACUAGCCCCGUGCCUGAGGACUGUCCUGUUUGCUCAUACAAUGAAUGGGACCCACUGGAAGAGGUCAUUGUGGGAAGAGCUGAAAAUGCUUGUGUCCCACCCUUUUCUGUGGAGGUUAAGGCCAACACAUAUGAAAAGUAUUGGGCAUUCUAUCAGAAAUUUGGAGGCCAGAGCUUCCCCAAAGACCAUUUGAAAAAAGCUAUUGCUGAAAUUGAGGAGAUGUGCAAUAUUUUGAAAAGAGAAGGUGUAAUUGUCAAGAGACCUGAUCCAAUUGACUGGUCUGUGAAGUAUAAAACACCUGAUUUUGAGUCUACAGGUAUGUAUGCUGCCAUGCCAAGAGACAUCCUGUUGGUGGUUGGAAAUGAAAUUAUUGAAGCGCCUAUGGCUUGGCGUGCUCGGUUCUUUGAGUAUAGAGCAUAUAGACGCAUAAUCAAAGAUUAUUUCAACCGUGGUGCUAAGUGGACGACUGCCCCCAAACCCACAAUGGCAGAUGAACUCUAUGAUCAGGAUUAUCCAAUCCGCUCUGUUGAAGACAGGCAUAAACUGGCUGCUCAGGGAAAAUUUGUAACUACUGAAUUUGAGCCAUGCUUUGAUGCUGCUGACUUCAUUAGAGCUGGAAGAGAUAUAUUUGUACAAAGGAGCCAGGUUACAAAUUACAUGGGCAUUGAAUGGAUGAGGCGACAUCUUGCACCAGACUAUAGAGUCCAUAUAAUAUCCUUUAAGGAUCCUAAUCCCAUGCACAUUGAUGCCACUUUUAAUAUCAUUGGUCCUGGUCUUGUGCUCUCUAACCCAGACCGUCCCUGCCAUCAGAUUGAGCUCUUCAAGAAAGCAGGCUGGACCGUGGUUCGCCCCCCAGUGCCACUGAUUCCAGAUGAUCACCCACUGUGGAUGUCUUCUAAAUGGCUCUCCAUGAAUGUCUUAAUGCUGGAUGAGAAACGUGUGAUGGUGGAUGCCAAUGAGACAUCAAUUCAGAAGAUGUUUGAAAAUCUAGGCAUUUCCACAAUUAAAGUGAACAUUCGCCAUGCCAACUCAUUGGGAGGCGGUUUCCAUUGCUGGACAUGUGAUAUCCGCCGCCGUGGUACCCUGCAAUCUUAUUUUGACUAGUUAUGAGCCAGAUAGGUACAAUGGUUCAGCUUCUAAAAUAAGCAUAGGAAAUUAAUAAAUUAAUUUCACUUUUGUUAAAACAACUGCAUGAGCUCUAGUGGUUGAUCAGUGGUAUCCUUACAGUGGUCUGGUAAAUGAUUUAUUCUUACAUACUCUUCACUUUCAGCAGUAUAACUGAAACUACUUCCAUCAGCAAU